AUGUCGACGCCCACGGGCUCGAGUGUUCCGGAGACAAAGGAUGUGGACAGGCGCAGGAGCUUGGGGAAGUACGUGAAGAGGAUGAGCAGCGUUUUCAAGAAGGAGAAGUCGCCCAAGAGCGUCACCAGCGAGGGUGCACCUGCCUCUUCCUCCAAGGCGGCGCAAGCGCAGGAUGUUGACAUCAAGGAGGAGGAAACAACCACGACCCAACCUGCCCCCGCCGCUGCCAUCGCAACCACCACGCCUACGCCCGCGCCCGCAACCGUUGCUGCGACUCCGUCAACCAAAGUCCCUCCUCCAGGCGCAACUACUCAGCAAUUGAACCGAAGCGCUCUCCAGCAGGAGCGUGCCCGCGCCCUCUUCGCCAAAUACGGCCUGACCCUCGAAUCGCACGAAUGGAUCUCCGCCCCCGCUCAACCUACCCAGGUCCAACGUGUCGAGAAGCCCAUCCGCAUGCGAGUCCACCGUACCUGCCACCACUGCGAGACAACCUUUGGGCCCGAUAAGAUCUGCUCCAAGUGCGAGCACAAACGCUGCAAGAGGUGCCCUCGCUAUCCUAAGCAGAAGUCCCCACUCGAGAAGGGUAAAGAGAAGGAGGCUGCCGAGAAGCCAAAGAAGAAAAAGAAGCUGUUGACGGUUACCACAAAGUCAGGCGAGGAGAGGGUCUACCAGCCUAUCAAGCAGCGUGUGCGUCGGUCCUGCCACAGGUGCCAAGGGCUGUUUAUUCCGCCCACGGCUACCGUCUGCGAAGGCUGUCGCCACAUACGCUGCACGAAGUGUCCAAGGGAGCCUGCGAAGCUCGACAAAUGGCCCAACGGGUACCCCGGUGACGUGGAGCCGGAGAGCGAGACGGAAGUGGAACGCGAGCAUGAACUCGAAUUAGCAAUGGCACGACGCAUAUGGAGGAAGCCUAGAACAAGAGUCCGGUGGGAAUGUGACAAUUGUCAGAGUCAAUUCAUAGAGGGGUCACCGCAGUGUCCAGGGUGUGGGCAUGAGCGGUGCGAGAAGUGUGUCAGGAAACCGCUCAAGCGUGUCAAAAAGGAGAUAUCCUUCGAUCCGGAAGUCAUACGCCAGGUCGAAGCGAAGCUCAAAGCCCUUGCAGUCGAAGAUGACACGGCAACGUCGAGCGCCGAGGCUACGUAG